CCGGUACGCACCGGGAGCAGCAGAGAGGACUGAGCCGGUAACGGAGUCAAACGCUCCUCCUGCAGCUGCUCUUCACUCCGACUUUCUUCUGCUUUGCGCUUUUCUGUGGCCCGACUCGGCUCGGCUCGGCUCGGUUCGGCUCGGCUCGCAGCGGCGGAGGGAAGAGAGCGAACAGCACAAAGUUUAAGUCCGAGUCCAAAAGGAAGGAUCCGGGGAGAGACCCGCUCCUGCUGCGGACCGACGGCGGGGUCUUGAACUUGCAGAGCGGCUCCAGACACAGCGAGAGCAGCGGGGAGGGAAACAAAGCGGUGGAGCUCCGCGGUUCUGCUCGGAGUCCGGCUAGGGUUCUGUUCGGGUUCUGCUCCGGGUCUGGGCUCCUCCCGGUCAGACUUCACAGUUUGUGGGACUCUGAAAGUGUGGAGCAGUUACAUAAGAGACACAAAGAGGACAGAGACCCUGAAAGAGAGCUCCGGGAGUUUGAGCGGAUCCGGACUCUGCGCGCAAAUCCUGGACCGAGUUUAGUUUCCAGCAGCGCGCACGUGGACGUACGGGUCCCGGGUCUGCACACGGACCUGCUGCGGGUCUGACUGAGAGAAAAGAUGAAACUUUGGGACCGCUUUUGGACGCGAAUCUGGUCGAGCCGUCGCCCUGAAGGUUUUCCCUCCGCACACGUGAACCAGAUGGAUUAUUAGACUCGUUAUCGCGCUGCCUGCUGGGAAAUAAUCAGUUAAAGCCCGAGAAUGAAGCUGAUAAUCGAUGAAAAUUGAGUAUCGAUCCGAAGUGAUUAACCUGUUCUCCUGCACCCCGGAGCCUCGCGGUCUUUGAUGCGUCUGGGUUCUGGUUCUGGUCCCUGCGGGUCCCAGCGCGCUCAGAGCUGAAGACAGGAGACGCGGAUGUUCGGCGGGACGCAGCGCAACGCGCCGCCGCACAUGGAGCGCUCCGGGCGGCCGCCGCUGCUGCUGCUGCUCGGCCUGCUGCUCCGGCUCUGCUCCGCCGUAACCGACGACCGCCUCAUCUCCGACCGGUACGCGGUCUACUGGAACAGCUCCAACCCCAGGUUCUUCCGGGGCGACUACACGGUGGAGGUGGCCAUCAACGACUACCUGGACAUCUACUGUCCGCACUACGAGGUGGCGGAGCCCGCCGAGCGCAUGGAGCACUACGUGUUGUACAUGGUGAACUACGACGGCUACACGAGCUGCGACCACCACAGGAAGGGCUUCAAACGCUGGGAGUGCAACCGGCCCCAGAGCCCCAACGGGCCCCUCAAGUUCUCCGAGAAGUUCCAGCUCUUCACGCCCUUCAGCCUGGGCUUCGAGUUCAGGCCCGGACACGAGUACUACUACAUCUCGUCUCCACAUCCAAACCUGGCUGGGAAACCCUGUCUGAAGCUCAAAAUCUACGUCAAGCCAACCAAUGACUCGGUGUACGAGUCUCCGGAGCCCUUCCUGACAGACGACACCACCGGCGGCUGCGGCUUCGCUCUGCCCCGCCUCACCUUGCUGUCCGCCAUGUUGCUCGUCCUCCUCCUCAUCCUCGCCUCCUCAUAGCACCCCCUGCUCUUCAUCCUCCUCUUCCUCCAGUGGGACAGAACGCCGUCCUCCCGUCACUCUGAGGAGAAACAACCAACCUGAGGCAGGAAACUAAUCCAGCUGCGUCUCGCCUGAACAAAGCUCAGCCUAUCAGAGGAGGCUGAGGUCACUGGUGGGAGGAGCCUGGAGCUGGAUGUGGAGUCUCUUUAAUGCACGUUUCUGCUCUGACAGAUCGGCUGUGGGUGACAUGUAGAGACUCCAUUGACUCAUGUUAAAUAGACAUGAUGCAGGUUUUAACGCUGGAUAAACGUCCUGCUGCUUCUUUACUGCCACAUGUUUUAAUUCUGCUGCCAAAAUCAUGCCUGAGGUUCAGUACAGAUGCCAAAACUGUACUUUGGAGUAUAAAUCCAUUUUUCUAUCCAACCCUUUUUUAUUCAACAAAUAAAACUUAAAGGGCCACACCAGCGGUUCAAACUUCCAAAA